AUGAGAAGCUACAGAGGAAACGGGAGCACCUCCAAGAGCUCCAACGCUAGCUCGCAGUGCUCUACACCUGUAGAAGCUGUCAGCAAGUGGAAGAUCCCUCAUUACUACCGUAAAUCAGGCUCUUUUACCGGCAAUGGUAGUUCUGAGUCGAGCUUCAACCCAAACUCGAAAAGCGAUUGCGCCCCGUCCGGUAGUAACAUCAAUAUCAUGACCACGCCCAAGCACGUACAGCUAGAUGGUGGUGGCAAACGAAGCUCGAAGUCGAAACCCAAAAAGGGUGAAAUGGUUUUUGUCAACUAUACAGUGAAAGACACCAAGGCAGCCGAGCUACCAUCCACUAAAAAAAAAUCAUCCAAAAGUCGCAUGCUCAAGAUCUUUAGCGCUGUUCAUCAUUCUGGCGGUCAAAACCAGACGGGCGAAGUGGUUGCACCCUUGGACACUGCUUCUUUAGCAUCAAACUAUCACAAUGGCUCUGACCCAGCAAUUCAAAGUCAAUCCUCGGUUUCGACGCCUUCCUCUCAAGCCACGAAAAGGUCUUACAGUUCUUUUUUGAAAUGCGGAGGUAUCGGCUCUGCAUCGACCAUCACUUCCCCGACGAUCUCGCCACCAGAACAAGCAGCUUCGAGCUUUGCAGCUUCUUCCGCAACGGAACGUCGUCCCGGUCUGGGGCGGUCAUUGAGCUCCAAUGUGUCUCUGAUCAAUAACAAUGGGAAAGCUUCCCUCACGUUGGGAACGUCGUGCUCGGAGGCUUCGUUGCCAAUUAGGCAUUCUCCAUCCCGGGAUAGAUCAAACCCGUAUUUGAAUUCACACCUCGAUCAUCAUCACAUGGAGCAAUUAAAUGAAUAUCACGGUUAUCCAGCCACGACAAGGCCUCACUCCAACAGUAUGCAUUCGUCUGUAUCCCCACGCCCGGGGGACGAAAACGACGCUUCUAUUGCAUUUAGUAAACUAUUCACCAGGAAACGUGCCAACACAGGCGGGUCCAUGAGUUCACUCGUUUCCAGUACCUCGAAUAAUGUCCCCUCUUUGCAAAGAAACGUGUCGACAAACUCAAUUUCGUCAUUGGCCAACAAAUACUCACCUAUUCGUACUGGCUCCCCCGCUAAAACGAACUCCUUGAGAAGAAGUAACUCUAAUCGGUUUUCUCGGGAUUUCUCUUCUCUGCAUAGUUCUUCGAACUACGCUGUUGAUUUGACUGCAGGUAUGGAUACAUACUUGGACGCACAAGCGAAACAAAGACAUAGCCAAAAGAAAAAGCAGGAAUCAAUCUCUGAUCUUCGUGGCCCAAGCACGGUAUCCUCCCUUUCAUCGGCAUCAACGCCAUGCUUCUUUGAUAAUGGACAAAGUAACACGGUCAGUGGUCAUGAGAGACAGAAUAGCAUUAUGUUCUCGCUUGACCGUGAAAGCUCGUUGGAGAAUGAGAUCUUAGAGGAACCAGAAGAGGCUUCUUACUCGCCUAACGAAGCAUCUGCCAUAAAGGGGAUCCCAAAAACAACUUUGGAGGUUGCGGACGAAAGAGAUUCAGAUAUUGCCUCUUUACAGAAUACCAGCCGUAGCAGCGUUACUAUGUUUUCCUCACUGGUAAACUCACAUUCAACCUUGGACAGCGCCCUUCCAUUAGGUAAGGAUUUAGAUCAAAAAAGCUUCCAUUCAUCAGCCUUUCAAAAUACAGGAAUCGAUCUGCAAUUCAAAGAGCAACACCCUUCCAUAAACUAUCAGGAAAGUCAGAGCGACGAUUUCUUGAAUUUGUAUAUGGAGUUAGACUUGGGUAGUAGGGCGGAAUUUAUGGCAAGCCAGCAGGGAAAAAUCGCUCCAUUCGAGAGCGACGGGUCAUUCUCUAAUCUACCUUUUCAAGGAGAUGCCUCGACACUUCAUUCUGUAAUGCAUGCUUCUCCUGCUACAGUCACAAACACUACAAACAACAACAUCAGAACGGAACUAGCUGAGGAUAACUCACGUAAUGAACAAGUUCCAUACACAAAUUUCUCCCACCGCAUAAUGCAUGACAUAGACCAAAUUGCUCAUUCCAUUAAUAAUGGCGAGGGCGCUGAAAGUCUCACGAAUGACUGGGACCAUUCACAGUUCUAA